AUGGGGAAGCUCCUCCUGUUCGUCUUCCUCACUCUGGGGUGCAAUAUUUUAUCCUCGUCAGCCUGCACCUAUUGCCCCCAUCCCAAACUUUCUCCGCCGCCGCCGCCGCCGCCUAAGAAAAUCCCCUGCCCUCCUCCUCCGCCACCGCCGACGACGGUGCCGUGCCCGCCGCCGCCGGCGGUGAAGCCCCAUCCACCGCCGGCGCCGGUUUCGAGGGGAUGCCCCAUCAACACCCUCAAACUGGGGGCCUGCGUUGACCUGCUCGGUGGGCUGAUCCACAUUGGCAUUGGCCCCAGCGCCGCCGACACCUGCUGCCCCCUGCUGAGCGGGCUUGCUGACCUCGACGCGGCGUUGUGCCUCUGCACCACCAUUCGCGCCAAGCUGCUCAACAUCAACCUCCUACUGCCCAUAGCCCUGGAGCUCCUCGUCAACAGCUGCGGAAAGCACGUGCCCUCCGAUUUCCAGUGCCCCAACUAG